GCAUUUUUAUUGUUGCUCUGCUCCCACUCCAACAACAACAACAACAGCCAUAUCGCGAGGCUCUAUUGACAUUGUCUUAUCAUUGACCACUGCAUUAUCGACUUGAAGUGUUCAGCAUCGGGAAGCACGAAGCAAGGCCCCAUUUAUCAAAGACACAUUCCAUUCAUUUCGCGGUUGACUACAAAUACCGUACUUCUUUCGUGUUUAUUAUACAUUAAAAGCAUCAAUCGUCAGUCAUGUCCCAGUAUUUUGAAAGAGUCGCCAACGAAGUGUUGAGGGCAUCCGAGGAUCUCAGUGUGAGAUUUGAAGAUGGACUCGCUGCACUCAUCAAUGGUGAAAUUCCAGGAAUUGAACAGGCAACUCGGCAGCAGCAACAGACGAUCACGGGAGGGGAAUUUGAAGACAUCGAAGAAGAGCUCAUGAACUCUCCACUAGAAGGCAUUGCGGAAAGCGUGAUUAGCGAUUUAAUGGCAAAUCAGGCCAAACCAGAAGGUUUCUUGGAUCACGUCAAUGCCUUUCGGUCCGCCAUUACAUGGUCCGAACCCUUUAUCAUUGGGAUCGUUUCAUUCCAAAUCAUCAUGUUCAUUGCAUGCAUCUUGGUAUCUCGGCCGAGUGUUGGAUUGGGUCCCCGACUCUCCGUCAUGGUGUUCAUUGGAGCAUUGGUGCGCUCGGUGGAAUACCUCAACCAAAUUGCCGGACAGCACUGGAAAGAGUUCGCCACCCAAAAUUAUUUUGAUCAUCGAGGAGUCUUUGUAUCCUUCAUGGUUAGUGGACCCCUACUCUUCUACUGCCUCAUCAUGCUCAUCAUGUUUGUCAGAGAAUCAUCCCAACUCUUGGUGCAAGUCAAAACCAACGAAUUGAAAAAGAAACGUAAACAACAACAAUCUGCAAAGAAAAAGGGAGCCGAAGAAAGCAAAAAACAAAAGUAGGAGCACAGCAUUCAACACUUGGUUUUUUAGUAAUACAGGAUGAGCGCAGACUGCCAUCACAAUGGCAUCGCAGCUAUAAUAUCUAACUGUCUGGUUCGGUCUCCUCAUGUACCGGUAGGGGAACCGGCCAAGUUAUAUUUAUUUAUGCAGCGAAACAUUACCCACCGUGCGCAAAAAGUUCUUUUUCGAAACCGGUAUUAAUGUUGCAUGUAGCCAUAACAAUUCCACCAGUGCAUGCUUUUAUUUUCCUCAUUUCAGUUUUGUCUUCCGAGCAUGCGAAGACAGUGUCGUCCAGUCCAUGCAGACGAAGGGGAUAAUAUGCCUUGGUGUGGUGUUAGUAACAUAAUGUACCGAACGAUGCUGUAGUCGAUGGAAAGAUGAUGGGUUGCCAAAAGGCGAAACCCAAAGCGGAGACACCCGUACAUGCACACUGUGCACUGUACCGGUAUGCCAGCAGCCUUGCUGAGUUUUCUAAAGAUCCUUCUCCGUUGAAAGCAUUGGGGAUGUGCGUGGAAUG